AAGUACCAGCCGUCGCAGCAGGCCGAGACGGCCCCUUCCCCUGCAGAACGGCUGAUAAAUUCCCUUGAUUGUGGAUCAGCCUCUCCCUGAUGGAGAUGGUUUGUUUGGCGUUGGUUUGCCCUGGGUUCGGAUUGCUUCCUGUGGAUUUGGGUUGGGAUUGGUUUCUUUUGCUUAACUUAAAGUGUAAUUCCGGCGAAAAUUGAACCCAGGGUCUUUGUUUUGGCAUGUAAACCCGUCAAAUAAGCCCUCCAGAUACUUUUUUAAUUGAAAAAUCAAGCAUAGAGUUUGCUCGGCGCAUUGUUUGGCUUACAUGGUAUUGGCUAGGGGCACAGCUCAAAAUAAGUACCAAACCUCUGAAGUAGCAUGAUUUGGGCCCCUACACAAAAAAAAGAACGAACCAUCAUUAACUUAGUUAGCAUAGCAGGAGUUUAUUAAAAAAAGACUGUUUUCCAAGUCUGUGCCUUACCGGUAGGUCCAUGUUUCCAGGAAGUCCACACAAGUUGAUUACAGGCUACCCUAAAUAAUAUAAUAGAGGCGCCAACAAAUUUAACUUGACAAUCUCCCCACUUGAUACUUGUUUUAAACUGUUUUCAACAUUAACCAUUGGUAGGCAAGGCAAGGCAACUUUAUUUAUGUAGCACUUUUCAUACACAAUGCAGACUCAAAGUGCUUCACAUAUAAACAUUGUCAUACAAUAAAAUAAUAGAUAAGUAAAAGAAAACCUAUGCAAAUAAAUGAGUAAAAUAGAAAGUUAAAAGGCAUUUUAGUAUUAAAAUAGAAAAUAAAGGCUAAGUUAAAAAAGCUUUUUAGGAAGUGCAAUGUAUUUAAGAUUUAGCAGAAAGCUAAAGCAAGCAUAAAAGUCUUCAGUCUUGUUUUAAUGAGUUUAUUCCAGCUAUUUGUUGCGUAGUAACUAAAUCCUGCCUUCCCAUGUUCCGUGUUUACUCUGGGGAUAAUUAACAGAUUGGCCUAAUUUCUUUAAUUUCUUAUAUAAUAAAAGGCUUUUACUCUUUCACCCUACCCCUGUCCGAAUGGCUAAGGAGUAAUGACGGGAUAAUAUAGGUUUAGAAUUGCACAAAACAUCUUGCGGAUUCCCCAAAUCUUAGAACUUCGAUAGACGGAAGAACAGCUUUGUGUUUUAAAAAGAAACUGAAACCAUCUCUUGGGUCAGAUUUUAUUUGUCAUAUACACAAUACAUUGCGUAUAUGACAGCAAUGUAUUGGUGUCAUAUAAGUCUGGGGUCAUAAGUCUGGGGUCAUAGAAGUCUGGGGCCCCCUGCUUGACUGCUAUAACCUAAAACCCAAUCCCCUGCUCCCCCCGCGACCCGACCCCGUAUAAGCGGAUGAGGAUGAAGAUGAGUAUGAGUAAUUCCGAAUUUCUUCAGCCUCCUGAGAUGAAACAGUCUCUGUCUGGCUUUCUUUACCAUGGUGUCCUGGUGGGUAGACCACGUCAGAUCACCGGUGAUCUGGACACCGAGGUACUUAAAUGUAUCUAGCUUCUGUCCCCCUCUCCUUCCGCAUCUCCAGCAACGACCCCAGCAGCAGGCGGCCAUGUUGGCCCUGGGAGGCGGUACGAGUGGCGUGCCGGCGCCCGCGGCCGUCCCCACAGCUGACCCGGAGAAGCGCAAGCUGAUCCAGCAGCAGCUGGUCCUGCUGCUCCAUGCACACAAGUGCCAGCGUCGAGAGCAGGCCAACGGGGAGGUGAGGGCCUGUGCCCUCCCGCACUGUCGCACCAUGAAGAACGUGCUGAACCACAUGACCCACUGCCAGGCCGGCAAGUCCUGCCAGGUGGCUCACUGUGCGUCGUCCAGACAGAUCAUCUCUCACUGGAAGAACUGCACACGGCACGACUGUCCUGUGUGUCUUCCGCUCAAGAACGCCAGUGACAAACGCACCCAGCAGCUGGGUGCCGGCCAGACCAGCACCCCUACCAUCAACACCUCAACCCCCAUAGACCCUAGCUCCAUGCAGAGGACCUAUGCGGCCUUGGGGCUGCCCUACAGCAGCCAGACACCUGGGCAAACCCAGGCUCAAGGGGCCGGGCAGACGUCGGGAGCAACCAACGCACACACCCAGCAAACACUGCCGCAGCAGUUGAGACCCAUCAAUGCAAUUGGAAACCAGAUGGCCCCCGGAGGCACGGGGAUCGGCGGGCCCGCGUCCAAACCGAGCCACCUCCACGCCGACCCCUCCCUCCCCAACGCAUUCAACACUAACAAUCAGCUGCUCUCGGACGGCUCUUCUGUGGCCUCUAAGGGAAACUUACCCACGGCAGCUCCCCUCUCCGCCACCGGCACCAGGAAGACGUGGCAUGAACACGUGACACAGGACCUCCGCAAUCACCUGGUCCACAAGCUAGUACAAGCCAUAUUCCCCACUCCGGACCCGGCAGCCCUGAAGGACAGGCGAAUGGAGAACCUGGUGGCCUACGCCAAGAAGGUGGAAGGGGACAUGUACGAGUCGGCGAACAGCAGGGACGAGUAUCUCCACUUCCUGGCUGAGAAGCUCUACAAAAUCCAGAAGGAACUGGAAGAGAAGAGGCGCUCGCGGCUGCAGAAGCAGAUCAUUAAUCAGGCCCCCCUGACCGCACAGGGGGGCAGCAGCCUGGCCUCCCCCUGCCCAGUGCCCUGGGCCCCAGGCCACAGAGUGAGUGCACCUUCCCUACCUCCACCAGGGAGGGUGCUUUAGAUUUUUUUCCCUGCCGUCCUGCCAGAAGAUGUAGAGGGUAACACCCCUCUGACGCCCCAGCAACCGCUCUCCAGCCAGCCCCAGACCCCCAGUGCAGCGGCACUCAUGUCCACUUCUUUCCCCAACACUCAUUGCGGUUCUCCCUCAUGGAGACUGUGGAGGUGGGGCGGCGUCUGGCCUGCAGGGGGAGUAUGGAGCACCGGGUCUGCUGGGGUGAUGGGAUCUGAUUGCGGACAUGUGUCUGCAAUCUGAUCCAAUCAGGAACUGUGUAUUUAUGUGCCUGCUUGUCUUUCAGUGAGUGGUUGAGAGAGAGAGAAGGAAGUCAUUCACAUAUUGCUUCUGUUAUCCAUUCAUUUCUAAAAUAAAAUCGGAUACUUUUUUGUCUGUCUCUAA